UUUUUGACUCAUGUAAAACUUCAAUUAAGAUUUGAAAAAGUGACAUUUGUCAAAUUUGACAUUUCUAACUUUUGUCAAAUUUCGUGUGUUGUGUAACUUUCAUAGGGGUUUAUGAAACAACAUUAAAAACAAAAAUGUCAGCACCACCAGUUCGUCAAGGAAUCACUGGCCUAAUUAAACGUGGUUGGGUCGAAUUACCCGACAUUGUAUUCGGUUCAGUUUUGGCUAUCAUUGGACUUGGUCUUUCGGGAAUCGGUAUUGCCAACUAUUAUCGCAAUGAUGGAGAUAACAAAAGAUACAAAAUUGGAUGGGUUAUUAUGAGGCCAGAUGAUCCAAAGGCUGAAAAAGUUCGAAAGGAUUGAAUUGUUAAAUGAAAAUAGAAAAAAUGUCAUUAAAUUUGUUCUAGAAAUUUGAUACUAAA